AUGUUGGCCACGCUACAGGUGGUGCGUGUGUGUGGUGAGUAUUUACUUCACUAUGAACCGGCAGCAGCAACGCUGGUUCACCCCCUGGGCAUUACGGGGCAGCAGGCAAACUACGAUGUGCGGCUUGUCUGUGGCGUUGGUGUGGCCGGCAUCCACAUGGACAUUCUUGCUGCCACCGCUAUUGCUGCAUUCGAGGGCCGCGGGAGGCACAAGGGGAGAAGAGCCUGGGGCUGGCUCUCUGAAGUGCAACUUUUGAAUGGGCUCGUGUUUCUGAUAUGUUGUGGCAUGCUUGGUGUGAAUUUAGCACGGAGAGGGAGACGUGCAGACCUGCCGCACUAG